AUAUAGUAGACCAGCAGCUAGUAAGGCUAGCUGGAAAGCUCACUACCCUGUAAACCUCCAGCAAGCUUCAGCUAGCUCAUUGCCUCCUUGCAAGGAGUGUGGAGAUGGCUACUAGGCCGGCUCUCGUGUUCGUUUGCUGCUGCCUCUUGCUGGCGUACGCCGCGGCAGCGCGUGUGCUCGACGAGGGCGAGCCUUUUGGCCGCCUGAAGAAUGCUGCGCGCCGUCUCCGCGAUGGCGAGCCUUUCGGCGGCCGGAAGGACCCCGCCGACCCGGACCACUCUCCCGGCUCACACGGGACUCCGCCCUGCCCGCCGUCCAUCGGCACCUCGCCGACCACGCCAACCACACCCGGCGGCGGCAGCUACUACCCGCCUUCGCCAGACAUCGGCACUUCCCCGACCACACCGACAGCUCCAGGCGGUAGCGGCGGGUACGAUGCUCCCCCGUCACCGUCCAGCGACACCUCCCCGACGACGCCCGGUGGUGGCUACUACGGUCCCCCCUCGCCAUCAUCUGACACCUCCCCGGUGACGCCUCCUGGCGGUGGCGGCGGCGGAUACAGUGCUCCUCCUUCGCCGUCCAGUGAUACCUCCCCAUCGACGCCCGGAGGUGGUGGUGGCUGUAGUGUCCCCCCUUCGCCGUCCAGUGAUACUUCUCCACCGACACCUGGAGGUGGUGGUGGGUACUAUGGGCCUCCCUCGCCGUCCUCUGACACCUCCCCGACCACGCCCGGCGGUGGUGGUACUGGAGGGUGUAGUGCUCCCCCUUCGCCGUCUAGUGGCAGCUCUCCAUCAACGCCCGGAGGUGGUGGUGGGUACUACGGACCUCCCUCGCCGUCCUCUGACACCUCCCCGACGUCGCCGCCUGGCGGUGAUGGUGGAGGGUAUAGUGCUCCCCCUUCGCCGUCCAGUGACACCUCUCCAUCGACACCUGGAGGUAGUGAUGGAGGGUGUAGCGCAACCCCUCCGCCGUCCAGUGGCACCUCUCCGUCGACGCCUGGAGGUGGUGGUGGAGGGUGUAGUGCUCCCCCUUCGCCAUCCAGUGACACCUCUCCAUCGACGCCUGGUGGUGGUGGUGGGUACUAUGGCCCUCCUUCGCCGUCUUCUGACACCUCUCCGACCACACCGUCUGCGCCUAGUGGUGGCUACUACGGACCUCCGUCGCCGUCCAGUGACACUUCGCCGACCACUCCUGGCGGCGGCUACUACGGCCCUCCAUCGCCGUCCAGUGAUACUUCCCCCACAACCCCUGGCGGCAGUGGCGGCGGCGGCUACUAUGGCCCCCCUUCACCGUCCUCUGAAACCUCCCCGACCACGCCUGGCGGCGGUGGUGGGUACACGCCGACUCCACAAGUGCCGUUACCGCCUAUCAGCACAUCACCACCGUUCUCUCCACUGACGCCAACACCGACUACCCCAACGCCGUACGACCCCAACACGCCGCCCUUCACGGGCCCAUGCACCUACUGGAUGAUGCACCCGGGCGUGAUCUGGGGCCUAUUCGGUUUCUGGUGCCCGCUGGUGCGGCUGUUCGGCCCGAGCGCGGCGGUGCCGUUCGGGCACGACCUCACCGUACCGGAGGCGCUGGCGAACACGCGCGAGGACGGCAUGGGCGCGCUCUACCGCGAGGGCACGGCGUCGUUGCUCAACUCCAUGGUGAACAACAGGUUCCCCUUCACGACGCAGGAGGUGAAGGACGCAUUCGGUGCUGCGCUCAACUCUGGUGACGACGGCGCCGCCGCGGCACAGGCGCGUCUGUUCAAGAAAGCAAAUGAGGGGCACGUCAUCAGGCAGAACUAGCUAGGCGGCAGUCGCCGUGUGUAUGUCCGCAAUGCAACUAUGUGCGCGGCGAGCAUGCAGGGCUUGCUUAGGAUCUGCACGUAUGUGUUUGAUGAUGGGGUGAAGUUAUCAUCACUUAUCUCGAU